AAAAAAGGUUCGCUCACAUUCUAAAAAUAAAUAUGAGGUGGAAGUUAUGCCUCAAAAUUUAAAAUUGAAGUACAAAUUUUGGAACUUUCUCAGUCUUAUUCAUAAAAGCCCAUUUGUCGAUUCAAUCGAUAAAAAGCAAGAAGUAAAUGCAAAGAAGAAAGAAUGCGCAAAUCCGAUCACUUGACUGCGUUAAAGAUCUAUACGGUAAAUUUAUAUAAAAAAAAUUAGGGGCUUAUUUUUAAUAAGAAAGUUUAGUUAUGAUUGCAAAAUAAUUUAAAAAAAUUUACCUUCUUUAGAAAUGGCAACAAAUAAGUGCGCUUGAUUCUGAGAGUGGAGACGUUUUUGCAAACGAAAACUUUUUAUCGAAAGAAACGUUAAGAACAUUAGUUGACACAAAAAACAAGUUACUCGAAUUAUUGAUUUCUACCGGUUUUGUGUCUGUAAUAUGCGGAAGAGUCCUGUGAGCCGAUGCUUUUGACAAAAGAUAACGAAAUACUUUCCAUACAUCCAUCGUCCGUGAACUUCAAUGUUGCAAAUUUCUCUAGUUCGUUCUUGGCGUUUGAAGAAAAGAUCGAAAAAAGCAAAAUUUUUAUCAAAGAAGUAACGUUGGUACCUAUGUUGCCACUAGUUUUAUUUUCUAGUCAUGGAAUAGAUAUUGAGUUUAACGAUGGCCAAUGCUUACUAUCAUUGGAUGAUGGCUGGGUUACGUUUGCUGUGAAAUCUCUUAAAGUUGCGCAACUGUUGCAGCUUGCAAGAGCCGAGUUGAGCGAUGUAUUAGAGAAAAAAAUGCGAGAUCCUCAGCUUAAUUUGUUUGACUAUCUUAGAGGAAAAAAGAUUAUAAACACUAUUGUCAACAUAAUAUCAAUUUGUUAAAGUAAUAAGAACAAUUGUUUUUUGUACUGAUUCACCAGGGGAUAAAAUAUACGUAACAUUGCCCAAUACGACAAUUGCCGAAUAUCGAC